UGCUUCCUCAACAACUACAACUAUGGGUCCAACAACUACAACUGCAGCCCCAACAACUACAACUUCAGCUUCAACAACUACAACUGCAGCCCCAACAACUACAACUGCUUCUUCAACAACUAUAACUGCAGCCCCAACAACUACAACUGCUUCCCCAACAACUACAACUGCAGCCCCAACAACUACAACUGCUUCCCCAACAACUACAACUGCAGCCCCAACAACUAUAACUGCAGCCCCAACAACUACAACUGCUUCCCCAACAACUACAACUGCAGCCCCAACAACUACAACUGCUUCCCCAACAACUACAACUGCAGCCCCAACAACUAUAACUGCAGCCCCAACAACUACAACUACUUCCCCAACAACUACAACUGCAGCCCCAACAACUAUAACUGCAGCCCCAACAACUACAACUACUUCCCCAACAACUACAACUGCUUCCGCAACAACUACAACUGCAGCCCCAACAACUACAACUGCUUCCGCAACAACUACAACUGCAGCCCCAACAACUACAACUACUUCCCCAACAACUACAACUGUGGGUCCACCAACUACCACUGCAGCUCCGCCUCCUACAGGCCAAACGUCUAACGGUUUGGAGUACCUGACACAUCUAAACAUGAAGUUAACAUCUUCUGGAGAGAUCAGCAAUGGAACCAUAGUUCAUCUCAUUGAACAGUUUUUCAGAGAGCAGCUCCUUAAUGGAACCGCCCCCAAGAUGACCGUACGACGCAUUCAACGGGUUGGAGUUAACCCAUAGACGAACAGCAUCUACAUGACAUGAUCUCUGUUAUUUAAAUAUAUAUGUGUGAAUGAUAUUUAUACUUAUUGUUGUUUAUUUUAAAUAUUAACAUUUUGCGUAUUAGGCAGUUUUCCCAAAAAGGUAGUUUAACAGUCUCUCCAUGAUUUCUGGGUAGAUGAACUCAGAGUUGGUUUUCAGUUCCAGCAGCUAAUCACUUUAAGUUCAGUCAAGUUUGAGUAUCUGAACCUGGAGUUGGAUAUGGACGAUGUUUAGCCAGUAAAUAUUAUCCACGUUGAAGUUGGAACACCUUAAACGUAGGUCAAAACCUUCACCAAGUCUAAAACAGAAAUUAUUUUUGUUUCAAUAUCAAUCCGUCUGGAACAGAAAACCUGAGUUUUCUCAAAGUUAACUUAAUUUUAUAAAUAACCUGCUUUCUGGAAAACCCUCAUGAAAUACCAAAGUUUAGUUUGUGUAGAUUCAACAUAACUUCUGAACUCAAUGAUUUCUCUUUUCAUGAUUGACUAUGCAAAGUCUUAUUAGUAUAAAAAUGUAAAGUUAUGUGCAUUUUCUAAUCAAUGUUUAUUUUUUAUUGUUUUACUGCAG